CUGACACUCCUUCUCUGUCAGUCCGCCGAGCUGCAGCCCAGCAUUACAUCGCCAGUUAGCGAAAAUGAGCGACAAAGGUCUGUCAGACGAUGCGGCAGCGGCGGCUUGUAAAGAUGGAGACCGUAUAACUAAGGAUUUCAUGAUGCAGCAGACAAUGUUGCGGGUUAAAGAUCCUGUUAAAUCUUUGGACUUUUACACUAGAAUCCUCGGCAUGACGCUCCUACAAAAGUUUGACUUCCCUUCCAUGCGUUUCUCUCUCUUCUUCUUGGGAUACGAGGACAAGAAGGAGAUUCCUACAGACGUGAAAGAAAAGACAGCAUGGACCUUUUCUAGAAGAGCAACCAUCGAGCUGACGCAUAACUGGGGCUCUGAGUCUGAUGAGAGUCAGUCCUAUCACAAUGGAAACUCAGAUCCUCGUGGUUUUGGGCAUAUUGGAAUUGCUGUCCCUGACGUUUACGCAGCAUGCAAACUGUUUGAAGAUCAAGGAGUCACGUUUGUCAAGAAGCCAGAUGAUGGUAAAAUGAAAGGCUUAGCCUUCAUCCAGGACCCUGAUGGUUACUGGAUUGAGAUUCUGAGUCCAAACAAUAUGGUGUCCAUAACCUCAUAAAAACUCUUGACAACAUGCUGCCGGCUGUGUUUGCUACACUGGAAGAGCAGAGCGUUGAGAUUUAGCAAAACAAAUUUAACCAACCUCAGAGAUGAGGGAGCAUGACCUUUUGUAUGCAAAGGCAUGGGCCGGGCUUCUGUUGGACUGAUCAUGAGCAAAAAGAUUAGAUACCUGAGUUGUUGCUAUGGAUACUAACUACUUUCAGUAGUGGUUGAGUUGUCAUCAUCAGCUUGUGUCAUAAAAUGAGAUGCUGAAAUAAAGCUAUGAGACUCUAAUAAAUGUGAAAGCAACU